AUGGAGGUGACCUUGUUGAACUUUGUCCCUUAUGCCGCCAUCAACUUGGCAACUGGUGCAGCAGAGCGCCCCCUCAUGGCUCUGGCGAACCUGCUCGAGCGUAAGGGAAGAUGGCGACAAGCCCAGCGACUCCGCCGGAAACAGACCUAUUUCAAAACACCUUAUGGAUACCACUGGAAAUUAAUGGAGAAUCUUCUCAAAGUUGAUCAGAGAGUCCUGUUCUAUGCUAUGACACACGUCCUGGAGCAAUCUCAACGAAAAUUGGCCUCUUCAGUAUCAGAUGACAAAGAAAAACAGAAACACAAAGUGGAUGAGUAUGAAGAGGCUGUUUGGUACGGGGAGCAGGAAAGGCAAUCUAUCCUUGCCUCUCUAAUGGACGGACCCUUGAAGCGAGCCUACCUUUUGACUCAUAGCCAACCAGGCUGGCACCUUUCCGAAUGGCAGCGAGCCCAGUGUGCCGCUAAAGGCGGAUGUUGUGCUAGAGCUUGCGGCUGCUGUGCGAGGGCAAGAUGCGCCGUCCUCGCAAAGUCUUACUACGGUCACUGCUUGUCUACCUGCGUCUGUUGUACUAAAACCCGGGGCUUCAAAGUCCCACUGGACGAAUGGUUCGAAGAUCCGAUGUUGAUAGAUAUUGACAUCAAGGACCGCAGGUGGAAUAAACGUCAAUACCGGUAUCAGGUGCUUAAUGCCUACAUUUGGGGACUCUGA